AAGUUUUUCUACGCCCGCACCAGCCUCCCCGACCACUGCUGCGUGUCGCGAGUCGCCAUCAUGGAUGAAUGUCUCAGUGAGCAAUUAAAACCAGGCGGUCACCCGGCGCUGAGCCUGGUGCGCCUGGUGACUGCUCUAAUCCGGUAGCGUUCUUCUGCGAGGAUUUUUUUGUCGGGCAAAGCAACGCCCCGUCGAGCAAGCGUUUAUGUUUGCCAUCGUGCGUUGUUGCUUUUACCUCGAGCCGGCCAGUCCUGCGUCCCGUGCGUUGGCCAAUACCGACCCAGAAACCCCAAGCACGAGCCUCUGAUCGGCAGUAACACCAGACAACACAGCCCACCACCCAUCAUGGCCCCAGUCGCAGACCCUCAACUCGCCACCCGCACCGCGCCCGACGGCGCGACCCGCGUGCUGCUGCUGCCGCGCCAGCAGCAGGGGACCGUGACCAUCAUCCCCCUCGGCGGCGACGUUGUCACGACGACGAGCGGCAGCACGCUCAGCGGCGGCGCCAUCGCCGGUAUCGUCAUCGGCUCCGUCGUCGGCUUCCUGCUGCUGUGCUGGAUCUUCCGGUGCGCCCUCAUCAAGCAGACGAGCCAGACUUACGAGGAGGAGAAGGGCCGCCGGCCCCGGAGCCAGUCCUACUACGCCCAGGAGAUCCACGGCGUCGGCGUCGCCGCCGACGGCUACACGCACCGCAGCCGGAGCCGCCAACACAGCCGCCACAGCCAUCACGGCGGCCACCACCAUCACCAUCACUCGCACUCGCGCGGCCGCGGCAGCAGGAGCAGGAGCGCCGUGCGCGUCACCUCCACCACCACCGCCCAGAUGCCGCACGUCGUCGAGCCCACGAGGGUCUACUACGGCGAGAAACGCCACCACAGCCGCAGGCGGAGCAGCAGCCAUCACGAUUACUGAGUGACCAGCGCCAAGGCCUCGCUGGAGCUUUUGACUUGGAUUGGCUCAAUCGUUGCCGCCGUUUUGGUCCGUCUCCCACUAGCAGUCCGCCGGCGCAGGUCACACCGCCCAGAUGCAAGCAACAUAUUUCCAACCACGACGCGCAUUCUAUAUUAGUUCCUUCUCCCAUCAGGUCUCGCUUUUUCUUUUCUUCUUUUACACGGUAUUUACCUACGGAGCAGUGGUGUCGCUGCCUGUGAGGCAUCAACACGCACGGCACCUCACGGGCGUUGGGAACGGACAGGACGGCAUACGUCGUAACAGGGGUCAAAAGGAGGAAUGGUGGCGGUGCGUGUUUUUUUUUUGUAUCUACCUUAUGAGCCCACGAUAAUUCGUCCAUCUUCUACGUCUCCUCGCAAUCGACACGCCUGAUACCCCGUUUUCGGUAACGGUGAUUACACGGAUGCCUUACAGUCGCAACGCUCGCUGCGUUUCCUC